AUGUUUACAUUAUUUAGGGGUGCUUGUUCUGGCUGUCCCUCAUCUGCAUUGACUCUGCGGGGGGGCAUUGAGGCGGCGCUGCAGGAUGUAUGGGGGGGGGUUAGGGGGCUUGUGCCCGCAAUAGAAAGAAUGGGGGGGGCUGUAGAUGCCUAUCAACAACCGAGCGGGGGCGUGACGCUGCGUUAUGUGGGGCCCAAUGCAGCCACUGUUAGAUACGGGCUUGAGAUGGAGCUGCAGGAUAAACUGCCGGCGGCUGCUUAA